GUCAAAAAUAGUUUGCAUAAUAAGUAGAAAAUCAAGUCAAACGCACAAUGAAGGUUUCCACAUCAAUACCGGUUUUUGUCGCUUUCCUGUGCUCUGUGUUCAAAACAGGCAAGGCGGAGACAAUAUGCUACGACGGCGUUGGCUGUUUUGAUGAUGCUGGGUGCCAUGGCAACACUUUCCCGCCAGAAUCCCCAAACUUCAUCAACACGCGCUUUUAUCUGUACACACGUCGAAACUGGAACACUGCCCAGGAGCUGAUUCUGAACGACACCGUCACCCUUCGGGCGUCUAACUUUGACCCGAAAGUGCCGACCAAGUUUUCGAUCCAUGGCUGGAACUCAAAUGGGUUCACUGGCGGAGAGAGGGAUCGCAAAGAUGCGUUCCUUGAAAAUGCCAACGUCAAUGUCAUCACCGUUGACUGGCGGAGGGGUGCAAGUGGAAUCCUUUACCCAAAACAACACCAGAACACACGGGUAGUUGGGCGGGUGAUUGCCCAAUUUGCUCGUUUCUUGAACCUCGAGACAGGGAUGUACUACAAGGACGUCCAUUUGGUGGGCCAUAGCCUUGGAGCCCACACCGCUGGCUAUGCUGGUGCAUAUCAGCCAGGUUUUGGCAGAAUAACAGGUUCCGAUCCAGCAGGACCAUGGUUUCGUGAGGACGAACCGGAAUGUCGUCUUGAUCCCAGUGACGCCCUCUUCGUUGAUGUUAUUCAUGGCGACGGCAAUGACAACAUCGGUCUCGGGACAUCACUUCCGAUGGGCCAUCAAGAUUUCUACCCCAACGGUGGCCGUCACCAACCUGCCUGCGAUUACGGUAGCGACAUUGCUGGGUGCAGCCACGCCUACUCAUCCCGCUACUUUGCCGAAAGCCUCCGAUCGACCACCUGCAAGUUCAAGGCAUACCCGUGCAGAGGCUGGGCGGAAUAUAUGGCUGGGAGAUGCCGGAGUUGCGGAACGCAAAAUGAAGGUUGCUCGGAAAUGGGUUACCAUGCGAUAGACCAUCGGGAGCUAGAAGGACUUUUCUUUCUUGAUACUAACCCUGAAUCCCCUUACUGUAUCCCCGACCCAUGGGACUAAUGGCUAGUAUGCAUGGUUAUUAGACUCGCUUGAAAGGUAUCGAACUUUAGACUAUGCAUGGAUUAUACCAGUUCUAGUAAGGAUCCAGGAACGUACUAGUCAAUGGUCAAAUAGAAAUAUGUACAGUUAUGUUUUAUGAAACACACUUUUGUAAAUAAAAUUUCAAAGACUUUAUACAAUUUAAACAAUAUAUAGGCCUAUACGAUACCGGUAUUGUACAGUAGGGGCUGCAACUUUCUAAUCAUAUUGAUAACUUUAUAACCUUUCUACAAUAUUGGCGACGUGAACAAAAUGUCAAUGGAUUGGACUGAAUUUAGAUUAUAUAUGUUAUACAUCUACGUGGAGCGUUGUGGCCAAGUGGAGUAGUCUUCGGACUUUGAAACAGAGGGUCGUGGGUUCGAAUCCCAGCCAUGGCGUAGAAAUUUAUCCACAUUGUGCUGCACUCGAUCAAGGUGAGGUAAAUGAGUACCUGGCAUGAUUUUAUUCCUUAAAUUGCCUCCGCACUAUAAAAGGAUGAGGGGCUAAAUCCAGGGUAAUGAUAUCCAAUUAAGCGCAUAGGGACGCAUUUGGCAGUGAUAUGUGCUAUAUAUGCAUGUUGGUAUUAUUAUCGUUAUUAUCGUUAUUAUUACUAUUAUUAUCUAGGAAAUAAAUAGACAGUAUUA